AUGGACCAUGUCCAGGCUCACUCUUCCACCUCGCAAAGCUGCUUCUCCGUCUCCCCCGGCUGGGAGAACGGAAAGUCGCUCGCGCUCGCGGCGCUCCCGGCGCUCCCGGCGCUCCCGGCGGUCCCGGCGCUCACGACGCUCGUGGCGCUCGCGGCGCUCCGGGCACUCGCGGCGCUCGCGGCCACGUUCUGGACGGCGGCGGGAUUCGAGGCGACGGAGCAGCAGUCGACAUCAACACAGCAGGCGGCAGUCGACUCCACCUCGCCAGAGCAUGCCACGGACGCCAAGUCCGCAAGGACCUGCACGUCAGGAGAGUCCUCCUCUUCAAGCGAAGCCGGUGGCAUUUGGAGCGCUCCUCAGCAGCCACCGCGCCCCAAGGCGAUGCCGCGCAAAGCGCCAUCCACGGCGGCGCCCGCGGCUGCGCGCGCUGCGGUGCCCGCUCCGGCGCCGAAAACGCGCAGCGCGGCCCGUGCCGCGCCGUCGAUGGCGCCCAACGUGAAGCCUUUGUCGAAGAAGUUCAAGGACACAAAGGAAGAGGUUGAAGACUGGCUCACAGGGCUUGACGGAGGCCGAGGGGCUCUAGUUGCCUACGGUACCGUGAUCCUCGAGCAGUUUGGAAGCCUGGAAGCUCUGAGUGCUUGUGUGAUGAGCCAGGACGGGAGCGUCAUGAGCCGUGUCGACGCCUCACUGUGGGAUGUGCUCAACGUGAAGUCCUUGGGACACAGGUUGCUGAUGGCCAAGGGCAUUUGCUUUGAGAGUUGGCGAAGCCAAGCGGCCAGAAACAGACUGCGGCCCUUGCUGACAGUCCAACACAAUGCGUUGAGAGCGCCGCCAGUCUUCCUCAGCGCCGUUAAGCUUGAAAGUGAGGAGGAGAUUGCAGGGCAGAGGAGGUUCCAGCAGACAGCGCCCAAGGUUCAGCGCACAGCGCCCAAGGUUCCAGACUGUGCACCAACUUUCACCCGCACAGCACCCAAGGAUGCUGUGGAGAGUGGCAUCGAUCUCAGUAGCAAUGCCUUCAUGCUCAUCCAUGGAUGGACGGCGGGGCCCUUGCUCCUGGAGUUUGUGGAGACCUUCCUGGAGCCAUUGUCCCAAAGACCGAUGACGCCCCAGGAGAUGUGCGCAGGGCUCAAAGCGCAGGCCGGCCCUUUGGCCAUCCUGUUGCGCACCUGUCGCAUCCUGGGUUACCUCUCCGUCAACGAGACGGGGGCUUACAGCACUGUGGAGGGCGUGGAGUUGGAUGAGCUGCGCACCUUGUUGAGGCCCUCCUCGGGGAUGGCACGCGCCAUCCGCAGUGUCUAUGCUGAGGCGAUUCCUCCUUUCAAGGUUCCUUCUAAGUCUGCCACGCAUUGCCUGGUGAUCUGGGCGGAGCACCGGCCUGCGUGGAGCCACUCGAGGAGCAAGGUACUGCCCAUUCUUUUGGAUGGCAUCAUUCUGGCGCCUUUGCUAACGUCCAUCACCUACUUCGCUCGAUGGAGCGAAGAAGGCCUCGACUACGGCAAGGACAAGGCCAUGGAGAAGUUUGACUUCAGCAAAGUGGACACUGCGUCACGAAUUGCUCUUGGUGAGAUCUUUGAGGAGCUCGGCGUGGGGGCGAUGAGCCCCAAAGGUAUUGUUUCGCUCUCUACCCGUGGAUCACUGGCAUUGCAAAGGUGUUACUCCUACUAUGUUCCAACGUCCUACUCGCCAAUGCUGGCGGAAUUCAAAAACAUCCUCUUUGAAGAGCCUGGUUGGGGCUUUGUGGAUAUGCAGGAGAAUGAGUCGGAGAUUCACGUUGAGCGCACUCUCAAUGUGGUUGGGAGUGGAGCGCAGCACUCCACGCUCUUCAAGGAUCUCAUGCGGCACAUGGAUUUCGUCUUCUCUGGCGACGAGUUCAGUAGUCAGCCCCGCUAUGUGGUGGACACUGGGUCUGGAGAUGGGCAUUUGCUGAUGCAAGUCUAUCAACACAUCAAAGAACACACUCCACGAGGGCAGCAUCUGGAGGAGUUUCCACUCAUCAUGAUCGGGGUUGACUUCAAUGAAGAGUCGCGGGUGGCGACGGCCGUGAAUUUGACCAAAAGCAACAUCACGCACAUGGUGCUCUUCGGCGACAUUGGUGCGCCCAAGCAGAUCAUGGCAGCGCUUCAGAAGAAGGGGGUAGACCUUUCCAAGACGCUGCAUGUGAGAUCCUUUCUUGACCAUGAUCGACCCUACAUUGCUCCCAAGGAGACGGUCGGAGACGUUGUGCUGGAGUUUGCCAGGUCUGCCAUGCGUGAUUGCGUCCACCUGGACAAGCAGGGCCAGCGCCUCUCCGAAUUGGAGUCCUUCAGCUCGCUGGUGGAGCACUUCAAGCGUUGGGCAGAUGCCUUGGAGGGCUCCUUCGGCCUGUGCCUGCUGGAGGUCAUGAUGCUUGAUGUGCCUACUACAGAGCGUUUCAUCAACGACUGCGUCUCCUUUCACUUUGACAUCGUCCAAUGUCUAUCUCGUCAGUACAUGACCUCGCCGGUGGCCUUUGCCAUGGGUGCUGCCAUGGCCGGGCUGCUGCCCGCGAACAUCAAGAACGUUCAGACCUACCCGGAACAGGGUAAGUACUGCCGGGUCAUCAACCAACACCUCAUCAGGCGUCCCUACACCAUCCGCUUCGCGGAACUGUCGGACCUGCCAAGCUUGGAAGCACUGGAGAAAGUAGCCUGGGAUGAGAACCUGCGCGCCUCUCGUGAGGUUUUGAGAAGACGUUUAGAAACAUCUCCGACAACGAAUUUGGUUUGUGUCAUGGAUGGCAACGUUGUAGCCGUGCUGUACAUGCAGCGCAUUCGAGCCUUAAAUGACAUAGAUGAAGAGAAGUUCAUGGAGAUUUCCAAACAGCACUCGCCGGAUGGGCGGAUCAUCCAGCUCAUCGCCAUUGCUUCCAAUCCCCAGACUGAGGUCAAGAAGCUGGGCAUUGGCUCAGAGUUGAGAUCGUUUGCGCUUCACCUUGGCCGCCUGGAUCCCACCGUCGACGUGGUCGUUGGGGUCACCCGCUGCAGGGACUUCAAGGCAUCCAAACGCAGCAUGCAGCAGUAUGUGGAUGAUCACAAGGCUGGACGGCUGGUGGAUCCCAUCUUGGAUUUCCACACCGGCUACGGUGCAGAGGUCGUGCGUGUGGUGCCCGACUUCCGCCCGGAGGAUGUGGACAAGGAGGGGGUCGGAGUGCUCAUCCAGUACAACGUGAAGUCCCUGGGGAAAGUGCUGGAAACCCAGGUGCAAAAGGCCAAAGUGGAAAUUCCAUCGAUCGAAGUCUUGUCACAAAUCAUGGACGAAUUGGGCUACAAGCUUGACCGCCUGGAUUUGCACAAGGGCUUUUUCGACUACGGUAUGGACUCGUUGGAGCUGAUUCGAGUGCGAAAUCGCUUGAGCAGCUCCUUCCGUUUGGAUCUUCCUGCCACCUUGUUGUUGGACUUCCCCACGGUGAAGGACUUGGCGGAUCAGCUGGACCGUGAUCGUGGGAUAGGUGACCUCGUGGAGUCGCUCUCUGCAGAGUCCGAUGACAGUGAGGCGGAGCAGGAAGUCUCGGGCUGGGAGGGCGUCACGCCAACGGAGCUCCUGGAACUUCAAGAGAAGUUCAUGGCCGCCUACAAGGAGCCAUUCUACCAGAAGCAGUUCUCUGAGCUUGCUCGAAAAUGCUAUCCAGACAUGAUGCGCUACAUCCUGGCGAUCGAAGAGAUCCUGGUGCAGGUGGAAGGGCCACUUCUUUUAGAGUUUGGCCUCAUUGAUUCUCUGGACUGGCAGACAGUGCAGAUUGGUCGCAGUCACAUGACUGCCACGCAGGUGAAAUACUGGAAGGAUUUCCCGGAGGUCAAACAAACCAUGGACGAAAUCCUCCACAUCACGUUGCUUGGACGGGCCAGGGCGGGGCAGGACAUCGUGCUGUGUGGUGCUUUGUGGCGGGUCAAAGGUGAAGUCACCAUGAGGACCUUGCUCACGGAGGAAUCUGUGAAGGUGCCCAAAGGGUGCAAGAUCACGGUGAAGUCCAAGAUCGUUGAGGUCACUGGCAAGCAUGGCAGCUUGAAGAGAGACUUUAAGCACCUCCCCAUCGAGCUUUUCUUGGCCAAUGGUGGCAAGAAGGUUGUCGCACGGAUGUACUUCGCCAAGAGCAAGCAGUGCUCCAUGCUGAACACUGUAUGCAGCCACAUUUCCAACCUCUUUGAGGGUGUGACCAAGAAGUUCGAGUACAAGAUGCGCCUGGUCUAUGCGCACUUCCCCAUCAACGUGAACAUCGUCAGCGGUGGCAAGACCAUCGAGAUCCGAAACUUCUUGGGCGAGAAGGUGGUGCGAACGGUGCACAUGCUGCCGGGUGCGACUGUUGAAAAGAGCGCCAACACCAAGGAUGAGAUCCUGGUGACCAGCACCGACAUUGACUUGGCCGGUCGUUCUGCCGCCCUGAUCCACCAGUCGUGCUUGUGCAAGAAGAAGGAUAUCCGAAAGUUCUUGGACGGUAUCUACGUGAGCUCGCACGGAGUCAAGGAGGACUGA